CUUUACUUUCUUCCCUAAAGCAGAAGUUUUUAUUUAAAAUAAAGCUAUUUCUUUGGCACUUCUGGGCAAUCCUUUGUUGAAGGACCGCAGCAAUGGGCAGCUUUGGAGCCCUGCUUCGAAGAAACCAGUCUGUCCUUCUGGUGCUCUUUCUUUUGCAAAUUCAGAGUCUGGGUCUGGACAUGGAUAGUCGUCCUACCACUGAAGUCUGUGCCACACACACAAUUGCACCAGGACCCAAAGGAGAUGAUGGUGAAAAGGGAGAUCCAGGAGAGGAGGGGAAACAUGGCAAAGUGGGACGCAUGGGGCCAAAAGGAAUUAAGGGGGAGCUGGGUGAUGCAGGAGACCAGGGCAACAUUGGCAAGACUGGGCCCAUUGGUAAGAAGGGUGACAAAGGGGAAAAGGGUUUGCCCGGGAUUCCAGGAGGAAAAGGCAAAGCAGGCACCGUCUGUGAUUGUGGAAGGUACCGGAAAGUUGUUGGACAACUGGAUAUUAGUGUUGCUCGCCUCAAGACAUCUAUGAAGUUUGUCAAGAAUGUCAUAGCAGGGAUUAGGGAAACUGAGGAGAAAUUCUACUACCUCGUGCAGGAGGAGAAGAACUAUAGGGAAUCCCUGACCCACUGCCGGAUCCGGGGCGGGAUGCUGGCCAUGCCAAAAGACGAAGCUGCCAACACACUCAUCGCUGACUACGUUGCCAAGAGUGGCUUUUUCCGGGUGUUCAUCGGGGUGAAUGACCUUGAGAAGGAGGGACAGUAUGUGUUCACAGACAACACUCCUCUGCAGAACUACAGCAACUGGAAAGAGGGGGAGCCCAGUGACCCCUAUGGGCAUGAGGACUGUGUGGAAAUGCUGAGCUCAGGCAGAUGGAAUGACACAGAGUGCCAUCUUACCAUGUACUUUGUCUGUGAGUUUGUCAAGAAGAAAAAAUAAUUCUGCUCAUGCCACACACACUUGUUACUUCUCUGCGACUAUCACUGCAGUUAUUUUUAUACAUCUUUUUCUUUCUAAUUAUGCCAAAUUCAUUCUGACUCAAGACAAGUAGAAAAUGCUGAACUGAGGUUUGGAAUCCCCAUUGCCAUGGUCUUCUUUGAUGAUUGUGAACAUUUUCCUACACAGUAUAUAUUGGGCCAAUAGUUCACCAAGUUACAUGGAUCCUCAGAGAGAGUUUGAAUUACUAGUUGUGCAGGAUGUGGUUGUCUACGUGUCAAAUGAAAUGUUCUCUUGGCAUUUGCUCUGCUUCCUCUCCCUAGACCCCUAAACCACUGUCUAUUUAGCCCAGUGGAUAAUUGGACGGUUGGUUGGUGAUGAUUAGGCUAACAUGCCCUAGCUCAAAGCCAGACAUAUGGGAAGGCCUUCUGUGAGAAAUGCAGAGAUGUUAUCUGUCUUUGAGGUCAAGGUCCCCUAUUCUUUGACUGGUCACUCACCAUGGCUAUAGCCACACUCGAAAGGUCCUCCUGUUUGCGCAGAUAUAAAAAUAUUUCAGCCCCAAACCUCUAUAUGGAAACUUCUAGCCUGUGACCUGUUCCAGACCAUAUGGAAUCACACAGACAACUUCUGUGCUUUGGAUUGAUGGCCUUCACUGAGGUCUACCAACCAGUGGCCUUGGUCUCUUUCUAUAGGCCCACAACUGAAUCCCAGGUCUCCAGGUUUUAACUCUGAUUUGAGGAAAGGGGAACUUUAGAAAUUGAAAAGAAAAAAGAGAGAGAGAGAGGAUUUUUUCCAAAGAAUAUUAAUUGUCCCUUGUUACUAAUAUGGCCCCAUUUUUCCUUGUUUUGGGUUUAGCCAUAUCAACUUUUCUCCCCUUAGGCAUGGGGAAUGAAGGAAGGCAUUUGUGAAGCUUUCAGAAAACUCUAGAGGCUUCAAGGUGCUACCAAUGUCAAGUCGCUAAGCCCUCUCCUCCUUGCCUCUAAUAUAUCACUUAUGGGGACAUUUCAUGAGAGGUCUUUUACUUUCUGUAACCAUAUGUUGUAACAACCCCAUACCAGAGAUGUCCUUUGUAGUACUCUGACAUCACAGGAAUGUGGCAGGUGUGGAGAUUGGAACAUGUCUAUGACUCACAUUUAUCGAGCUGGUAACAUUCUACUUUGAACUGCCAAUCAAAACUCAAAGCGGCUUUCAUUUCGAAUUUGAAAAUAAUAUAGUUCAACAAAGCUCUAGAUUUUCCCCUAUAAACUGCUGCUCCAGUUAUAGUCUGUGACAUAUGAUUAGACUGUUUAAAAUGCUGGCAAAUGGUUAAUGAAAUAAGAGAAACUGAUCAACAACAUAUGUUCACCUUAAACCAUCUGUCCAUGAUUUCACCCAUGACUAACUGGUUAUGAGAUAAGAUUUAAUUAGGUUAUUUCUGUGGGUUUAUCGAGAGUCACAAACUCAGUUCCUAUAGGGGCCACACAAGAUGACAUAAAUAAAGCAAGUGGAAUGGGUGGGGCUCCUAGUACUGAACACAACUUAUUCUUCUAAUGGAAACAGCUUCCCCCUGCACUGCUGUGUUCGCUAUGGAGGAUCCAAUAUCACUGCGUGCUCUGAUAUUUCAAGAGAAGUCAAAAAGCUGGAACUUCACGAUAUCUACUCACAUUUUUAAAUAUUGCCAACCAGUCAAUUUUUAGCCCAAGUUUUAAGUCACAUAAAGCAGUCUGCUAGUCAAAAAAAAAAAAAGUGAACUUUUUAUUUCUCAUCUCUGGGGAAAAUUUCUGAAGGUUCUAACCAUGUCAAAUGUCAUUAGGAUACAGUGACAUCAAAGUCAAGGUCUCCCAUUUAUACUUCAGUCAAUUCAAUUCAAUUACAGGAAUUUGUUCAAUGUUUGCCAUUCAUCAGAUUAAUAAACUAGUUACAUAUUCAGAGUUUUGAGAAUGUGGCAUAUGAUAUUUUGAAGGCAGUCGGUUUAAUAAAAAUUACAAAGCAGGGCAUUAUAUCAGGCUGGUAACCUUGGGAGGAAUGCAAACCAGUCAAGAGCAUGAAGAACAAGAACCGAGGAAUGGUUGGAGGAAAAGAAAGGGAUAAGAGGAAAGGAGAGAGGGGAUGGACAGCCAGCAUUGCUUAGAGGCAAGUGGCAGUGGGAUCCAUGUUCUGAUUUGUUCUAGGUGGCCAAAGUAUGAAUAUUUAUUGUGUGUACUGUAAGUACUAUUAUCAUUAUUGUUAUUAUUAUUAAAGCAUUUCUUUUAAUGACUCAUCUUUGCUACCAAUGCUUCAAGAGAAGAGAACAGAGUAUGUAAG